UGCUAGGGCCUUCUUGCCUUUUUCUUUCGUCCUCACAGAAACCAUUAUUGAGGAGUGGGGCUGCUGUUAAAGUAGUAAUUAUUUAUUGAGCAAUACUAGGGCCUUCUUGCCUUUUUCUUUUGUCCUCAGAGAAACCAUUAUUGAGGAAGUAGUAGUAAUUAUUUAUUGAGAAAUACUAGGGCCUUCUUGCCUUUUUCUUUUGUCCUCAGAGAAACCAUUAUUGAGGAAGUAGUAGUAAUUAUUUAUUGAGAAAUACUAGGGCCUUCUUGCCUUUUUCUUUUGUCCUCAGAGAAACCAUUAUUGAGGAAGUAGUAGUAAUUAUUUAUUAAGCAAUACUAGGGCCUUCUUGCCUUUUUCUUUCGUCCUCACAGAAACCAUGGAAGUAGUAAGUAAUUAUUUAUUGAGCAAUACUAGGGCCUUCUUGCCUUUUUCUUUUGUCCUCACAGAAACCAUUAUUGAGGAGUGGGGCUGCUGUCAAAGUAGUAAUUAUUUAUUGAGCAGUGGAGCCGUUGUCUACAUUUAUCUAUUUAUUUCUAAGUGGACUCCUGAAUUUACAUACCUAGCCAAGUCUUCCUUCUUCACAGCCACUUUAAUCUUCCUCCUCCCAUAUCUCAAACUACUCUCUAUCAGCUAAGCUUGCUACGUUUUCUUUCAUCCAACAAGAACAAAUGGCCGAUGCAAUCCUCUAUGGCGUCGUACAGAAGAUCAUUGAAAGCUUGGGCUCCUCCACUCUCAAACAGAUUGGAUCGAUCUGGGGUGUCAACGAUGAGCUCGAAAAAAUGAAAAACACUAUUUCCACCAUUCAAGCAGUACUUGAGGAUGCAGAGGAGCAGCAGGUCAAGAACCACCAAGUCAAGGACUGGCUCAUGAAGCUCAGAGAUGCAGCUUUUGAUGCGGAUGACUUGUUGAGCGAGUUCUCCACUCACGUGUUGCGGCAAAAGGUUAUGGGGGGUGAUAAAGUGGCAAAGAAGGUACGGAUUUUCUUUUCUUGUUCAAACCAACUUGUUUUUAGUCUUAAGAUGGCUUGCAAAAUAAAGGCUAUCAGGGAGAGGCUUAAUGAUAUAGCAAAGGAUAGGAACAAUUUCCAAUUGAUAGAGCGUCCUUUAGAGACACGGGCUGCGACUAGGGAGAGGGAAACUCACUCGUUUGUACGUGUCAAAGAAGUUAUCGGGAGAGAGGAGGAUAAGAAUGCCAUCAUAGGUCUAUUGCAAGACUUUGACGUGAAAGAGAAUGUUUCGUUCAUAUCCAUAGUAGGAAUUGGUGGGCUAGGGAAGACCACACUUGCGCAAUAUGUAUUCAAUGAUGAGAUUAUCAAGGCUCAUUUUGAAUUGAAAAUCUGGGCGUGUGUUUCUGAGGUCUUUGAUGUGAAAACCAUUGUUGAAAAUAUAAUUAUAUCUGCAACUGGUAAAAAACCUAAAAGCCUUAUAAUGGAACAACUGCAACAUAAACUUCGUGAAAUUCUCAAUCAAAAGAUGUAUUUACUUGUGUUGGAUGAUGUGUGGAAUGAGAACGAAGAAACAUGGAGUAAAUUGAGAACUCUUUUAUUGGAUGGUAAAAGGGGAAGUAAGGUGGUAAUAACUACACGGACCAAAUUGGUUGCAGAUAUUACCAGCUCAAUCUCACCAUAUUCUCUAAAGGGUCUGUCAGAGGAUCAGUCUUGGUCAUUAUUGAAGCAAAUGGCAUUUGAUGAAGGGCAAGAGACCAUCAAUACUAACUUUAAAGCAAUUGGUAUGGAUAUAGUAAAAAUAUGUAAGGGAGUGCCUCUUGCUAUAAAGAUACUAGGACGGGUCUUAAACCACAAAAAAACAGAAGUUGAAUGGUCAUACAUCAAGGAUAUUGAACUCACAAAUGUAACUCAACUCAAAGAUGAUAUUAUGCCGGUUUUAAAAUUGAGUUACGAUCAUCUCCCAUCACGUUUGAAAUGUUGUUUCGCAUAUUGUUCAUUAUUUCCCAAAGAUUAUUUGAUUGAUAAGUUGACAUUGAUACAAUUAUGGAUAGCACAAGGGUUUAUCCAAUCACCAGAUGUGAACUUACUACAAGUAGAUGUUGCCAAUGAUUACUUCAAGGAGCUACUUUCAAGAUCCUUUUUCCAAGAAGUAGAAGAAGAUGUAGGUAUGACUAGGAGGUUUAAAAUGCAUGAUUUAAUCCAUGAUCUUGCACAAUAUGUAUCAAGGAUUGAUUGUACACUGGUUGAUUCCAAUGCAAAAAAUGUGAAUGAAAAAGGACGCCAUCUAUCAUUUCCAUUUUACAACGUUUCAUUCUUUGAGAAGAAUUUAAGCACGUUGGUUAAAGCAAACAAGAUACGGACAUUUAUAUUGGCAUACAAUAAUUGGAACUUUGAUCAGGGAACAAUUGAAGUAUCAACUCUCAAAAAACUUAUUUCUACUUCUAGAUACAUGCGUGUGUUAGACCUACAUGGUUUAAAGAUGAAGAUGUUGCCAAAUACUCUAGGAACUUUGAUGCAUCUAAAGUACCUUGAUCUUUCCUUUAAUGAUAUUGAGGUUCUCCCUAGUUGUAUUACUAAAUUGGUGAACUUGCAAACAUUAAAGCUCUCUUGGUGUGAAAAGCUUAGAAAGUUACCGGUGGAUAUUCAAAAAUUGGUCAGCCUCAAGCACCUUCACAUAGAUCAUUGUGAGAAUUUGACUCAUAUGCCAUGUGGAUUAGGGCAAUUGACUUCUCUUCAAACAUUAACCUUAUUUGUUGUGAGUGAGGGUCCUGUAGGUUCUUCCAAGAAUUGCGGUGGGCUAGCGGAAUUAAACAAGCUAAAUGACUUGAGAGGAAAAUUAGAGAUUAAAAAUUUGGCACGGGUGAAAGGUGCCACCCCAGAAUUCAAGGCUGCAAAUUUGAAGGACAAGCAAUGUCUCAAUGAGUUGGAAUUAUAUUGGAAUCCAGAGAGUGAUGAUGACAGUGUAGAUGCCAGUGAUGAUGAAAAUUCCAUGGAUAGCCUCCAACCACACGAAAGUUUAAAAUCUUUGAGAGUGGACGAGUACAUGGGUGUGAGAGUUUCAAGUUGGCUUUCAUUCUUAACAAAUCUCGUUAAAUUAAGUAUAAGCAAUUGUAAGAAGUGCCAAUAUUUUCCAUCGUUGUAUCAACUCUCAUCGCUACGAGAACUACUUAUUUGGAAUAUGGAUGGUUUGGAGUACAUGACAGAUGGGGAUUUGAAAGAUGAGAUAUCUGCUUCACUAGCAUCACCAUCAAUGUUUUUCCAAUCCCUUGAGAGACUUGAACUCAGUUUUUGCCAAAAUCUAAAGGGAUGGUGGAGGAGUGUGGAUAAGGGGAAUAAGGCAACAACGACAUCAACAAUAUCAUCAUCAUCAACUAAUCACAUACUCCUACCCUCCUUUUCGCGUCUUUCUUUUUUACGUUUGGACAGAUGCCCUAAGAUGACUUGGAUGCCGCUAUUUCCAAAUCUUGAAGAAGGGCUUUCUUUGAGUAAAUGCAGUUUGAAGGCUUUGGAAGAGACAAUUGAGAUUAAUAUGGGAGGAAGGGCUUCUUCAUUUCCGUCCUCUUCCUGUUCCUGUUCCUGUUCCUCCUGUUCCUCCUCCCCUCCUCUCUCCAAAUUAAAGGAUUUUCGUUUGUGGGAGAUGCAGGAGUUAGAGUCUCUGCCAAAGGAGUGGUUUAAAAACCUAACUUCUCUUGAGAGAUUAUGGAUUUGGGAGUGUCCCAAUCUGACGUCACUUCCCGAAGGGAUGAGUCACCUCACCUCUUUACAGACCCUACAUAUUGUGGGCUGUCCCAAAUUAAAGCAAAGAUGCGAGAAGGAAAAUGGAGAGGAUUGGGAUAAGAUUUCUCACAUCCCAAAUCUUUACAUAAGUUGAACUACUGCGUACACUUUCUUGGGAUAUUUUGAAGUGCAAAGCAAAUUUUUGAAUGGGUGCCAGCUAGAAAUAGGGGGUGAUUGCUAAAAACUACUCACAUCCUAGGAAUAGCAUUUGUGAAUAUUCUACUUGUUACAAAUUUGUAUAGAGAGACUGUGUGAAGAUUUGAGGAGUGUGAUUUCCAUGUGUAGUGGUGCAAAAACCUGCUGAAAUAGGUUUCAUCAUAGGCGUUGAAUUUCAGAAACAAGACAACAACAUCAUUUUAAUUUUGCUUGAUUUAUCGGGCUUUCAUGAAUUAAUUGGUUUCAAAAGUUGUGUGGAAGAAGAAUGUCAUUAUAUUGAUGAGGCAAACUUGUAGUAUGGGAGGAGAAUUGGGUCAAAGAUAAUGGGGUUUGAAGAGAAGAUUGCCCUUAUGACUGCUACCAUGGUUGGAAGCAAGAGUGCGUUGAGUUAUAUAUUGGAAACCAAUUGUGUUGAUGUUAACCAGGCUUGUGGUUUGUAUGGUCUUUUGCACUUCAUUUUGUUACUGUUGUGAAUUUUUCUACUUCAACUGAGGUUAUUAAGCUCUUGCUUGAUGCUUCUGCACUUCAUUUGUCUUGUUGCAUACUGUUGUCUACGUAUAGUAAAACUUGUUGAUUUUAUUCUAGUUGUUUCUUUUCUUUGUAGUAGUAAUUGUAUUUAAGUAACAUUGUGUAAUGGAACUUGUAUUUGGGGUGGAUGUUGAUUUCUUUAAUCAUGCAUUUUAGACGUGCAUAAUUGGAGUGUAAUAAGAGAAACAAGGGUGGAUGCAUUUCUAUAAUCAUGCAUUUUGGAUAUGUAUUCGAGAUGGAUGUUAAUGAAUUCCUUUUUUUGUUUUAUUAAAAAAGAAUCACUUGCCCUCUUCCUUAUAAGAUAAGAGAAGCUGGAGCAUAAAGAGGUGGUGGAAGAGAAGCAUGAAGUUUGCUACUACAACAAUCGUGGAUAACAAGGGAGGUCAUACAUUAGUUUCACCAUGUGAUGGUAACUUGGGAAACAGUUUGAAGCCCAAAGAAAACAUUUGAAAGGGUACCUGUAGGAAGUAGGGGACAAUUGCCAAAAAUUGCUCACAUCCUAGAGUUUGGAGGGGAUGAACUUGCCAAUGAG